AUGGAAUACAAACAAAAUAACGUUGGUGAUGAUCAGAGAGAAACAGAAGAAGAAGAAGAAGAGGAGGAGGAGGAAGAAGAAGAAGAAGAGGAAGAAGAGGAAGAAGAAGAAAAUGAUGAUUGUGAUUAUGAUGAUAAUGGUGGCGGUGAUGAUAAUAGUGGUCAAACCAGUCAACUUCCAAAUGAAAUACUCGACAAAAUAAUAGACUUCGCAUUAACUGGAACUGACAUAAGUAUUAUUAUCACCUAUAAUUCCCUUUGCCAGCUUGGUGAACCCUUUAAAGAACUCACAAUGCGUUAUAUUUGUCGGCUGCCACGAAUAAGUUACAACCAUCGCAACACUGCACGAAAUGGCUGUUUCAGCUUGCGCAAGUUAUGCAAAGAUUUUGGCUCAUACAGAGGACUUGUGCUGGCUCUUAAAGAGAUAAUAGCCAACCCCAGAUGGAUAAAUGCGUGGCUUGAGCUGUUGUUUGCUGGGGUUGGGACUUGGUUUUAUGUUGCCAAUGUAUGGUGGAAAGGAUGA